AUGGCAGCGGAAAUAAAGCCCGCCCCGGGAGUGAAUCAUGACAGAUUCAGCAGCAGCCACAAGCCGGUUCUUCUGUCAAAAUUGGAGGGCUGCAGCGAUGACGUUAACGCGGCUAUCAUUAUUCCGCGAGAAGAGGGUGUAAUCAGUGUUUGCGAUGAUAGGACAGUUAGAGUAUGGCUAAAGCGGGAUUCUGGUCAUUAUUGGCCAAGCAUUUGUCAAUACAUGCCAGCAGGUGCUACCUCUAUGCAUUAUUGUGUGGAAACAAGACAACUGUUUAUAGGUCUGGAUAAUGGGAGCAUCAAUGAAUUUGUUUUGGAGCAAGAUUACAAUCGAAUGACAGCCAUGCGUGAUUAUUUGGCGCAUCAAGCAAGAGUCACAGGAAUCAUUUUUGCAGCAGAUUUUGAAUGGGUCCUGAGUAUAGGUCGUGAUAAAUUAUUUCAAUUACACAGUUCCGAGACAGGACAGAAAUUGGGCUCGUAUCAAACAGAUGCGUGGUAUACCGCUCUACAAUUUGAUGCACAAUCCAAACACGCUUUCGUAGGAGACUACUCUGGUCAGAUAGCCAUGUUAAAGCUGGACAAUAAUGGUGUUACCUUCAUCACUACGUUAAAGGCACACACAGGAAGUAUCCACACAUUAGCAUGGGAUUCAGAAAAACAAUUGCUAUUUUCCGGAAGUUUUGAUCAAAGCAUUAUUGUUUGGGACAUCGGAGGUCGCCAAGGUACCGCUUACGAGCUUCAGGGACACCAUAACAAGGUAACAGCGUUAUGCUACGCGAAUGUCGAACGCAUGCUCUUGUCCGGAGGCGAGGACGGCGUAAUCGUCUGUUGGAAUAUGGCUGCGAACAGGAAGGAAACCGCGGCAUGGGUCGAAUCUGACAUUUGUCAGGCUUGCGGACGACCCUUUUUCUGGAAUAUAAAAGCUAUGAUGGAUCAACGGCAAUUGGGAUUGAGACAACAUCACUGUCGCUAUUGUGGUCGCGCCUUAUGCGCUCGGUGCACGUCGCAACGGAUACCGAUACCGGCGAUGGGUUUCGAGUUUGAAGUGAGAGUCUGCGAUCAAUGUCACAUACAGCUCAAAUCGGAAAACCAAUCGUCGCUGGCCUCUUUUCAUGAUGCCAAGCACAGUGUCGUCGGGAUGGAUUUGGACGCUCCUAGGCGAAGAUUAUUGACUAUCGGCCAAGAUCGCGUUAUUAAGAUUUGGGAUGUAUCCGCGCUCUUUCAGUGAAUUUCCAUUUGUAUGUAUGUAUGUAUGUAUGCAUGUCCAUAAUCCAAAUUAUGAUAUGCAAAUCACAGAGGUAUCGUCAUACUCGGAAAAAUACUCCGAAACCUAUUUUUGUGAUUAUGUAAUUAUGCCUAUUCGUAAAUGGGUGAUCGUGAUUGCGUAACUCGAAUUGAAUCGACGAGUCGGUUUCUAGAAUACGGAGAUCACUUGUCAUUUGUUUGUUAGUUUGUCAGUGAUAACGUUAGAGAGUCUGCUUAAUUCGUACCUAUAUUUUCUGCAGAGAAUAGCUGGAGAGAUGCGCGAGUAUAGCGCAAGCACUUUAAUUCAGUGGCACUGUCUUCAAACAUGUACCGAUAGAAUUACUUCCAGAAACGCGUUUGUGCGAUUGCACAACAUAAAUUUGUGUGUGUGUGUGUGUGUGUGUGUGUGUGUGUGUGUGUGUGUGUGUGUGUGUGUGUGUGUGUGUGUGUGUGUGUGUGUGUGUGUGUGUGUGUGUGUGUGUGUGUGUGUACGUACGCACGCACGCAAAGUGCAUAAACUCCAUUCGGAUUAAAAGAUCAGAGAGAUAAUGAUCCUGAUUAAGGCACGACAGAGAUAUAGUUAAAAGUAUUAAAAUAUAUUUCAGAGUAAAGUCAAAUUUUUUAUGAUAUGUUAACAUGUAAAUCAAAGAUGGUUUCGAGAUGAAAUCUUUAUGUGAAAUAUUCAAAUAAAAUUCUUGAUGCAAUCCUCAAUUUUAUUUUUGAAAUUUGCGAGAUUACUCGUCGUUGUUACAUGUAAUGAAUCAAGGGGUCUGGAAUAUCGGAAUUUCUACAUUACAAUUUUAUAUACUACGAUCACACAUUUAUAUUAUACAUUUUAUUACUAUCGAAAUCUUUAAAGUAUCUUUACGUUGUUUAAAUACAUUUUCGAUUAAAAAGCAAUCAACAGAGUAUUAAUUGGUAACCGACCAAUAGCAUCGACAUUUUAACGAAUUUUAUCUAUAGUAAUAUAGAAAUAGAACCAAGGAGAAAUAUUUUGAGCAUUUCCUAUUCGUUUUCUACAUUACUUCCUACGUUAUUAAACUAUUAAUAAUUUGAAUGUGCGUGCGUGUGUAAAGGGGGGAGGGGAUGCGUGCGCGCGCGUGUUGUGUAAACAUUCAGCUAGCUUUGAAUUGACUCAGAUAAAUAACGAUAUAUAUCUUGUACCAAGUCCUAGUCCUAUUUGUUAUAUAACUCGUACAGGAUUGUUUAAUAUUGUAUUGUCUUUUGAGAGAAUGCGAAACAAGACAAGAAAGUAGUCAUCAGUAAUAGUGCUGGUUGCUUUCUUGACUGUAAAAGUCUUCUCAGGUACAAUAAAUAGGUACAAGCUAUGCAAAAUUAAUUCGUUUCAACUUGACAAUUUCUUACAUAUUCUGUUGCAUUAAAAUUAUAUACUUACUUUAAACUUCCUGUAAAAAAAUAUAAAAUACAGCAAACGAUCAACAAAUUCGCAAAAAAGAAAGACACUGUUGUUUUUAGUAUAGAUAUAUUUUCGUCGUGUAUUUUGCUGGUUGAUAAAAGUUUAAUUGUGACGACAAGUGUGAAAUGAUCAAAAUGGUGACGUACAAUACAGUAGCAAUACAUAGUAGUUAACAAUAAAUUUCCAUUGAACUUUACGUGCUAAAAUAUUCAGUUAUAGAGAUAGGCAAGAUAUUAUAGUAACAAAAAGAAGCUUCGUUUCACGUAUAUGCCACGAAAAUACACGUAUUAAUCGUUUUAAUCGGUUCACUCUCGCGCGCAAAAAGGACAUAAAAUGCAUAUCUUGUAUCUGAACAUAUGUACGUGUAUUUAUUUUAUGGCGAACACCAUCGCCGUAAUUUCUUUACUAAAUUUUGUAAGGUGAUUUUACAAGAGAAGUGACCGCUGUAAACAAAAUUAUCCUUGUUAUGAAAAUGAGAUUUAUUCGCAGGAUAAAUCUUGCAUUUUGAAAUUAGACAUGUGAAUACAAUUCGCAUGUGGCCCAAGUAAACUAUCUACCUUGAAUAUAAGUGUACCGUAUAUUUGUAAGCUCGAUUAGAGAACACUAUAGCAAGUAUUAUCACAUUUUUAUAUGUUUUGCUAAAAAGUAUGUAUAUGUACAUUAUCUAAAUAAUACAUGGACGUGCUUCUUAUUAUAAACGUUAUACUGUUACACACGACCAAGCACACACACACAUCUAUGUCGAACAAUUACUUAAAAAUUUGUAGUUGUAUACAUAAAGAAAACAGAUAAAAAUGGAUAAUGUUAAAUCAUACGCUACGACGAUUGUUACCUGCUAUCGAAAUACAAUACAUAUAUAAGUUACAGAAAAA